AUGGUCCGAUGUGUAUUUCAGCAGGCAAGUUAUUACGUUCUCUGUCAAAUGUCAACUGGAGCAACUUUUUCAGGUAGGCAUCCGCUGUUAUACGCAAAGGCUGUCCUGCUCAUCAUGAUCCAUCUCGUUGCUUGCCUUGGCACUCUUUCUAUUCGUCUUGAUAACUGAACAUUAUUUGUGCACGCCCAUACCUCUGUUGUGUAAUUAACUGUAAUUUCACAAGUCUCCUGCAAGUGAAGUUACAAAGAUCUUUUUCACUGUCAACACAAGUCAGCUUUUUCGGCCUCGUGGUACAAUCGUACAUGCAUGAUAGGAGUUUUUAGUAAGGCUAGUGUAAUUGUUUUAUGUAGUUUAGCGCCGUUGGCAUGCAGGGUUGUUUCAGUUUUAUUUUCCACAUUGUACGGUAGAUGGUUAAUGAAAAUCACAAACAAGAAAGGCAGGAUGCUUUUUGCGGCACUGCAGAUGUGAAUGGUUUAAUGUUGUAACAGCACCAUUAACAGCAAAACUCUGACUUCUACUUUUUAAAUAGUCCGGGAACCAACACAAAACAGAUCAUAUUACACUGUAAUCACGAAGUUUCUGAAAAAUCAUUGUGUGACCCAGAAACUGAACAGCCGGGCUGUUUAUAUACCCAAGUCUUGCCGUGACUGUGGAGAACUGAGGAGGUUAAGCGACACAUGAGAAAAUUAGGCGAAAAUUAUGUUUGGAUGGCCUGGGAACGUUGCUGAAAAAGCUUAAGUAGGAAAAUCGUUAUAGAAUUUAGAAUCCCUCUUGUGAUAACUGCAAGAGCGACGUCGGCGCAUUUUCAUUCGGAGUGAAUACGAAUGCAACGAAUAAAAAGAGAAAUUUGUAUGCAGUAUUCUUUCAAAUCAAUCAAAGUCUUCCUAGCUAAACCCUGUUCUUGUUAUUCUGUUCCUUCGGGUUAAACGAGGCCUUGUCCCCUUCAACAGCAGUAUAACAAGGACGAAUAAGUUUUAAAAAGAUGCUUUUAUUCGCUAUAACUAACUUUGUAAAAAAAGAAUGCUCACUGAGGCGUGAGAACCGAGCCAGAAAAACAGUGGUAAAAAUACCCCCUGGCUCGCGAAUGAGAUGCGGUUGACGGAAAAAUACCGCGAAAACGAGUGAACGUAGAGGAAUAAUAUUAAAGGCUAUAGAAAGUAUUUAGGGGCCAUAUUGGAUGUUUCAUUAGUUUUUGCCAGGAUUGUCGUUUCUCAACGGAUUUUAAUAACGUGGUCUAUAACAAAACAAUAACUGAAUCCGGCUUUUGUGACUUUCGCGUUAUUGUUUCGUGUUAUAUAGUUAGGGUGUGAGUUAAGUUCUCGGAUUUGUACAAUGACUAGACGUUUUUAAUUAAUUGAUUUCGUCAUCAUUAAUUUUGCUCCGACCCUGCGUUAAUUACUAAUCAAUUUUAAUUUCGCGAUGUCACACGGUGUCGUGAACAUAGAUAUUACCUGCUGUAAUUAUAUUUAAUCUCUUUUGUUAUAGCUAAGUCGGACCUAAACAUUAGAUUGGCAAAUACAAAGAGCAACAAAACAGGGAGACUCGAAAUAUUUCAUCCUUCCUUUGGCUGGGGUACCGUCUGUGAUGAUGAAUGGGAUGAUACCGACAGUCGCGUUGUCUGUCGUCAGUUGGGUUUCAGUGGAGUAAACGCGACAGGCAAGAAAGCUUACGGUGGUCAAGGAACUGGUUCAAUAUUGUUUGACGAUGUGAAGUGCACUGGUGAUGAAUCAUUCAUUUGGGAUUGCAGUCACCGUGGGUGGAAUGUACACAACUGUGACCACUCUAAAGAUGUCGGUGUCGACUGUACCG